UAUAUAUGGUUGUAACCUAUGCCUCUCAAUCCAUACAUCAACACCCCCCACUUCAUCUUCUUGUUUACUCUCUCGAAGGUGGUUGUUGCAAUUUACACAUGUUCAUAGCUAUUAUAUACAUACGUUGAAGGGUUAACACAGUGCACGAGACUCUCCGUCUUACUUACUCUCCGUCUUACUUACUUUCGUUUACAGUGAUGUUCUGGUUAUAUACAUAGAUACAAUAAUCCUAAGCCUAACUGUUUUUUCAUAUCUUGAUGAUUCAAUAGAAUCUUAUGAGUUACUGCUUGUUAAAUUUUUAUGUUCAUGUAUGUGUGUGUGUGUGUGUUACUGUUUCAGGAGUUGGAGACUCGAGCAAGAAAAUUUCACAAGGGAUUUUCUAUACAUGAAUUGAGCUCCAUUAGGGUUUUUGGAAGAAGCCUUUGUGCAUAUUGUAAUGGACAAAGGAGAGCAUUUCUCGACCGCCUUGCCGGGAACAUUUCCGGGACUGUGUUAUACUUUGGAUGAUCACCAUCAUCAUCAACAUCUAACUACGCCACUAAUUGGUGAAACAUUCGGCGAAAACAGCCAUCAAAUGGUUGAUUUCAUGCUCGACAAUCCUCAGCACCAACAUGUAUCUUCCGGUUUCUGCAGCAUUGCAGAUGUGAUGCAAUUCACGGAUUUUGAUCCAAAGUCGGCCUUAAAUCAAACCAAACAUGCUGAAGAAGAAUCCGGGAUCCUAAAGUUUCCGGUUUUGAAUGAUAAGUUACAGGAAGAUGAGUCUCUUGUGGUGGCACAAACUGUUGGUUACAAUGAAGGGAGGUUUAAAGGAAAAAGCUUGGAUGGGAAGGCAAGAGUGGUGGAAGAAGAAGGUGAAAGAGAAGAUGAUGGAGAAGCUUGGGGGUCGGAGAAUACUCCGGUGCAACUUCAGUUUCUUGGCGAAAACCUUCAGAAGGGACCCGUAAAAGAAGCAAAGAACAAAAGAAAGAGACCGCGAACUAUCAAGACGAGUGAGGAAGUGGAGAGCCAGAGAAUGACUCACAUUGCAGUUGAAAGAAAUCGAAGAAAGCAAAUGAAUGAGCAUCUUCAAGUUUUGAGGUCUCUCAUGCCUAGCUCAUAUGUCCAAAGGGGAGAUCAAGCUUCUAUUAUUGGAGGAGCAAUCGAGUUUGUGAGAGAACUAGAGCAACUCCUCCAAUGCCUCGAGUCACAGAAGUGCCGGCGACUCUACGGUGACACUCCACGGCCUAUGGGAGACCCUUCUCUUCCAAUCCAACAGCUUCAAUCACCUAUCUUUCCUUCAAUGCCUCUUCCAAAUGAUCAUCACCAGCUCAAGCUGGUCGACUACGAACCGGGACUACUCCGAGAGGAAACAGCUGAGAGCAAGUCAUGCUUGGCCGAUGUUGAGGUGAAGCUGCUAGGGUUUGAUGCCAUGAUCAAGAUCAUGUCGAGGAGAAGGCUAGGACAACUCAUUAAGAUCAUAGCUGCGCUACAAGAUCUGCAGCUUGAUGUCCUUCAUACCAACAUAACCACAAUUGAACAAACUGUUCUCUAUUCUUUCAAUAUCAAGUGUAGGUUUCUAGUGAAGCGAGAUACACAGCUGAAGAUAUAGCGAGCUCGGUUCAACAGAUAUUCAGUUUUAUCCAUGCAAAUAGCAGCAUAUGAUGUAAUCUAGUUGAAAAGAACUUCAUGAAUAAUUUUUUUGGUCUAUAAAUUCUUCCAUGAAAUUUGGGUUCAGCCUCUUAUUAGACAUUUAAUUUAUGCCUAUAUAGAGACAGACACAUACACAAUCGAGUUUUGAUUGAAAUUUUCUUUUAAUACUCUUACUCCAUUUGAUUUUUAAAUAU